AUGGAUUCUAUCAAUACAGCAAACACUGAAUUUUGCCUUGAUGUGUUCAAAGAGCUAAACAGUAACAAUACGGGAGAAAACAUCUUUUUUUCCCCGCUGAGUUUGCUUUAUGCUUUAAGUAUGAUCCUUCUUGGAGCCAGAGGAAACAGCGCCCAGCAGAUGGAAAAGGUGCUUCAUUUUAAUCAUAUCGCAGAAGCAUUUGAACCAAAGUUGAACAGCUCCUCUCAGUGCAGUCACACUGGAAGGAUUCAUUCAGAAUUUGGAGAUCUGUUCUCUCAAAUCAACCAGCCAAAUGCUAACUACACUCUCAGUAUUGCCAGCAGACUCUAUGGAUCAAAGGCAGAGGCAUUCAAUGUGACAUAUUUAAACUGCUCUGAGGAAUUGUAUCAAACCAGGCUGCAAACUGUUGAUUUUUCACAGUCCACAGAAGAGACAAGGAAAACUAUUAAUGCAUGGAUUGAAAGUAAAACAAAUGGAAAAGUCACAAACCUCUUUACAAAAGGCACAAUUGAUCCUGCCUCGGUCCUGGUCUUGGUGAACGCUAUUUACUUCAAAGGGCGCUGGCAGCAUCAAUUUCAGGAAAGAGAGACAGUGAAAAGACCCUUUCAUCUUCCAGGGGGUAAAAGUGUGUUUGUGGAGAUGAUGAACCAAAUCGGGACUUUUAAAUUAGCCUUCAUCAUGGAGCCCGAGAUGCGAGUCCUUGAGCUACCCUACGUUGACAACAGUCUGAGUAUGGUUAUUCUGCUUCCAAUGGGAUCGACAAAUCUAGAACAGAUAGAAAAACAGUUGAACCUAAAGACAUUUCAUAAGUGGACCCAUGCUGCUGAUCUCACAGAAAGGGAAGUUGAAGUCCACAUUCCUAGAUUCAAACUGGAAAUCAAGUAUGAGCUAAAUUCCCUGCUCCAAUCCCUAGGGAUGAAAGAUGUUUUCAACCAGAUCAAAGCGAAUCUUUCUGGAAUGUCAUCAGCCAAAGGCUUGUUUCUAUCCAAGGUCAUCCACAAAGCGUAUGUGGAUGUCAAUGAAGAGGGCACAGAAGCAGCAGCAGCCAAUGGGCUCAAUGUUGUUGUCAAGAGACUCCCCCUCAGGGUCCAAUUCAUGGCGAAUCAUCCCUUCCUGUUCUUCAUAAGACACAUCCACACCAACACAAUUCUCUUCUGUGGUAAGCUUGUGUCUCCCUAA